AUGUCGCAGAUCACUCGUACUUUUGCUAACCAGAAGCUACUGCCAAGACUUCCUCUUCCUGCUCUCAAGGAUACCAUUUCAAAAUACUUGCGGUCUACUCGUCCUUAUUUCAAGAUCCAAUCUGCUUAUACAGAUUAUGCUCGCAUUGCAUCCGACUUUGAGUCGGGUUUAGGCAAAGACUUGCACAAACGACUCGAGGCUCAUGUGCAAGCAUACAAUGCUGACCCAACAGCACCUGAAGUCCCACACAAUACAUCUUGGUUAGAAGCCUGGUGGAUUAAACUUGCUUAUCUGAGUUGGCGUGAACCUUUGUUGGUCAACAGCAACUGGUAUAUGUUGGUUGGAGAACAUCCACAUCCACCACCCACUGCAGUCCAUGUCCAGGGUCAAGUAGGGUUGACUCCAUUUCAAAUCCAACGGGCUGCAGGUUACAUCUCCAACCUCGUUGAUUUCAAAGACAGAGUUGAAAAUGAAAUAAUGAAACCAGAAUCAACUCGUGCUGGUCCUCUCUGUAUGGAUCAAUAUCGCAACAUAUUUGGAAUUUCUCGCAUUCCUGUUGCCGAGUGUGAUGUCCUCGUAGGAUCAUUUCCCUCCCCUUACAAACACUUUAUGGUCAUGGUGCGCGAUCAGAUCUAUGUUGCUUGGGCAUACGAUCCACAAAGCGGUAAACGUCUAACUGUUUCCGAAAUACAGAGGCAAGAUAUUGCAAGCCAUGUUGACAAGACGCAUCAUAUGGAACCCCCCAUUGGCAUUUUUACUGGUCACCAUCGUGAUGUUUGGUCUAAAUGGCACGCUCAUUUAGUCAGUCUUGGAGGUGAAAACAAGGACACGUUCAAAUGGAUCGAUACUGCUUUAUUCUCAGUCUCAUUGGAUGAUGUUGCCAUUUCACCUUCUUUGGAUGAUCAUGCAAGGGCAACGUUUCAUGGAGUGUCAGGAACAAAUCGCUGGUUUGACAAGUGCAUGAGUGUUGUAGUCACUCGCGAUGCACGUAUCGGUGUCAAUGGCGAACAUUCUCCAUGUGAUGCUCUUGUUCCUGCACUUGCUAUUGAUCAGGCAGCCAAAAGUGAACCUGCCGUGGACCCAUCUGGUGCAGUCAUCAUGUCCACUCCCAACGCAGUGCAUAAACUGAAAUGGACUGUGGAUGAAAAUAUUCGUAAUGCUCUUGUCGAAGCUAAAGAAUUUGUUUACAAGCUGACAUCCAACAGUGAUGUCGCUGUGCUUCAUUUUACUGAAUAUGGUGCUGGGUUGAUUAAAAAAACUGGCAAAGUCAGUCCAGAUGCGUAUAUCCAAAUGUGUAUUCAACUGACGUACUAUCGACUGCAUGGCCAAUGUGUUGGCGUAUAUGAAACAGCGUCCACACGCAAAUAUCUGCAUGGCAGAACUGAAACGUGUCGAUCGCACUCCAUCGAGUCCCAUGAUUUUGUCGAGUUAUUUCACAAAAAGGAUAUAUCUGCAAUGAGCAAAUAUGACGCAUUUCAAACAGCCUGUCAAGCUCAUGUAAAAACCAUCACUGAAGCAGGUGAUGCACAUGGAGUAGAUCGUCAUCUUCUUGGAUUGAAGUUGAUGGUAAAACCCACAGAUCCGCCAUCAGCCUUUUUCACUCAUCCAGUGUAUGCCCAAAGCAGUCAAUGGACCCUAUCAACCAGUGGAUUGUUUUUUAGUGAUCGUAUGCUGGCUACAGGGUUUGGUGCUGUGGUAAGUUGUAAUGGAUAUGGCAUGAAUUACACAAUUGGCGAUUCGAUCAUUAAAAUGGGUAUCGAGUCUAAAGUCGCAUGCAAGGAAACGAGCAGUGCUGCUUUUCGAGACACGUUUUCUAAUGUGUUGCGCGACGUUGCAGCCAUGUGCCAAGAAGCUGCACUCAAAGCAAAGCUUUGA